AUUUAUCACGUUGGCGGAAAUAGGCUUCCAUACUGCAUGCUGCAGCACUUCCUGAACUACAACAUAAUCAGGAAAGAUUCUCUUUUACUCUGUAAUCAGGACCGCAGUUUGAGUUUGCGACGUUGUAUUUGGGAGAAGACGCAGUCAUGGAGGCCGUUUACACCCAAGGCAUCUGGAUGGCUGAAAGUCUCCAGCAGAGGACGAUAAGUCAAGAAAAAAUGUGGCUAGUUGUCACUCACAUUGGAGACCCCAAAGCAGCUUUCCUGCUCGUCUUUCCUUUCACAUAUUUCAUCAGCAAACGAGCUGGAGUCGCGGUGCUUUGGGUGGCAGCGAUAUCGGAGUGGUUGAACUUGGUGUUUAAAUGGAUGCUGUUUGGAGAAAGGCCUUUCUGGUGGAUAGGUGAAUCAGGUCUCUUCGUCAACAAGCAACCCAACGUGCACCAGUUUUCCUCCACCUGUGAAACCGGCCCAGGGAGUCCAUCGGGACAUGCGAUGGUGACGGCAGCAGUCUGGUGGGUCGUGGUGUCCUCACUGGGGUCAUCUCUGUACUUGCGCACUCACAGUGUGGUGUUAUCAGCUGCUCCCUACCUGCUCUAUGUGGGGAUGCUGGUGGCCGUUGGAAUCUCCAGGAUCUUUAUCCUCGCCCACUUCCCUCACCAGGUCAUCGCUGGCUCCAUUACAGGUUUCAUUCUGGGGAUUGUUCUGAGCCGCAGAGUACCUGAAGGACGCCCCCUGCUGUUCUUCUUUAGCUUCAGCAUCGGUCUGCUGCUCGGUACUCUGAUGCUGCAUGCUGGACUGCAGCAGCUGGGAAUCGACCUCUCCUGGUCUAUCACCUUGGCUAAGAAAUGGUGCAGUCGUGCAGAGUGGGUUCGUUUGGAUUCAGCCCCAUUCUCAUCUCUGACUCGAGACUGCGGGGCCCUUCUGGGUUUGGGGCUGGCCCAGUACUGGAAGCCUGGCGGAUAUUCUCUGCCUUGGGCUCCACGGGCUUUGUCUCUGGCCAUUUCGUCCAUGGGACUGUACCACGUCAAUCGUCUGCCGCUCCCGGUCCGACCACAAGGACUCUUCUAUGGCCUGUUCUUUGUCAAAUUCGUCAUAGUGCCUCAGAUAGUCAUGGUGCUUGUGCCUGGACUGGUUUACCUGUUCACACACAAAAAGAAGAAGGACUAGAAACUAUUUCCCCCUCAAUGUUAAAGGUGUCUUUCACACCUCCAAAGACUAUAGCUUCCUCCUGAGUUUCUGGGCACUUUAAAUGUCUAUUUUAUGUAUUUAACAAGUGUGUAAAAGCUGUAGGUAGUUACUCGACAUUUGUUUUUGUUCACUUACAAUUCAACUUGCAGGAGUCAGUGACGUAAUCUUUUUAAAUGCUUACAUGGUCCUUAAAGCUAUGGUGCGUAGUUUCUGUCUCCCCCAUGAGGAAUUCUAAAUAAUGACAACGAAACUGUCGGCGCGUCCACGUGAUACAAGCCUUCCUUGAUUGCGCAUUUGCAGUAAAUCUACAUACAGCAAUAAUAAGUGUUAAUAUUAUAAUAUCUUUGAGGAAAUCUUGAGUUGCUCUGUGGGAAAAUUGCAGUUUCGAGGUAUUGCACAUCACAAAAUAUGAUACAUGCUUGAAAACCCCAUUGGGCAUGGUCUAGCUUCUGAAUGUUACCGGAGAAAAAAGGCUUCGGAGAAAACAUCUUUUUUGAUCGUUUGUACUCACUUUGUCGACGAUGUUUCAGCCCUCAGACCUUACCAUUAGGUAAAAGAUUGUGUAAAUCAGAUUAAAAAAAGAAAAGCAGCUCCAGCAGGAGACCCCAAACUUCCCUCUUCUUCCUUGUCAAAACAUGGCACCUAAAUUGCCCACUUUACAACUCAACCACCAACAAUUCAGUUCUGAGAUUCUGGUGUGUCAUGCUAGUAGCAUGUAGUCCUGAGCCGCAGCUUUUUAACUCACAGAUUUCUUUAAUUGUAGUUUUCAGCCAUAACGGACGAUGACUCAAGUAAAAUCACUUGAGGCAAUUUGUCAGAUUUUGCCCAUCUCCAUCUGGAAGCCCAAGACCUGUAAAUACACAUUGCACAUUUCAACAAUUAAAAAAAUAUUUCGGUCAAACUUUGUUUAAAAGGUGAACACUUGACAAUACAAUAGAAUCCAAUGAAACACCAUUGUUUCAAAUAUUAAUAGCUUUACGAAUGCAGUAUUUUUGUUAGUUGUAAUGGAUUAUAUUAUACUGUAUAUAAGUUUGUUACUUUAUUGACACACUGGUGUUUUAUUUUGUUUUGUGGACCAAAAUCAUCCAAAUUACAUGUGUAUGUUCUAUUCAAAUCUAAAAUAAAUGACUGACAUGCAGGGCGUUUCAGUUGGUAACCAUUUAUAAAUAUGUUCUUUUUUUCUCCAUUACAUAGGUUGAACUGUACAGAUUACAAUCAUUUAUCAUGAGAUAAAAACACAUUCUUUUUUAUUGUUUUUAAUUAAACUUUUCAUCACAGCGAUCUGAAAGCUCACAUUUACAGACAAGAGAACUCUGCUCAGCAAGCAAAUACAUUAAAAUAAAAUAAAAGAACCUUUUGCUUUUGUCUGGUGAGGUUGAAGGGAAAUGAUAAGGAUAGUUCAGGGAUAGUCUCCUUAUCUUGAUCAGAUUAUUAUAUCACACACCAGAGUCAGAACACUGCUAUACAUGUUUCUGUUUCUGCUUGAGCUCAUUGAAAGAAUAGAACAUGCAUCAGACUAUUUACAGCAAACUAAUAUACAUAGACAGCUUGAAACCAUACACCCUCAAAUACCCUCAACUUAGAUGUCUUCUUAAAUUAAGUAUAAUACAGUUUAUACCUUCAUUUCUGCAAAGAUAAGUAGGGCAUCUCUCUGGUAGCAGGUGAAACUGAGAAUGUCUCUUUAGGUAUUCUUUAUCAGAG